AUGAGCCAAGCCGCCUACUUGAUUUUUCUCUUUGUCACCCUUCUCGCCGUAAUCUCUACACCAGCUAAUGCAUCGCCUCUUGAAAAGAAAUGGAAUAAAGAAUGUUGUCCUGUUUCUGCAUGUGUGUUUAAUAAAGGCGAUGUGAUCAUCUCCACCCGGCCCAAUUAUCUUGGCAACACAUUUAACGGUAUUCUCUCAUUCACGGAGUCACCCAAAAACAAAUUGCAAACCAGUGGCUUUAUCGACAUUGAUGGUGUAACAGUUGGAGGUGUAACAGACGGAAGUAUUGGGGCCUUCUCAUAUGAUCUUCACGUAGCCGAUUGCAGCUCGGCCGACACCGCGGAACCUAGCGACCCUGCUAUUAUCGACUUGGAUGAUCGAUUUUUCGACGAACCAAUCCUCACCAAUUCCGACGACCUCGGCAUUAGUCCUAAAUCAAUCAAAGACAUCAAAGACAAAUGUUGCUUUGUGGUGAACGAGUUUGCUAUUGCCACUAAAGAGUUUAUUUUGGGGAUUGCAAAAGUAGUACCUGUCGAAGACUGCAAUGGUAAUUGGGCUGAAGAUUUUGUCCAAUUUACAUCACCCACGAAUAUCGAUCCCGACGAGGCAGCGGCAUUCGAAAAAGCGUUUGAGGAGGCGGAAAAUUGUGCAGUCUGGCAAUCAGAAUUUCAAACGCAAGAAUCAUCGUGGGCAUCUGAAUUCCAAAACCAAGAAUCUGCUGGGAAUACUAACUCUGAACUUGCAAGAACCGCCAGGAAGUUGAUGGACACUGGUAAUAAAGUCGUGGCACAAGAAUCCGUAUCGAAGUAA